ACAACAACAACACAUCUUUAGUUUUCUUUUUUAGAUUUCUCAAAAAUAUUUUGGUUUUCCUUCCAAACAUCAUCAUGAGGAAGAGCAGAGGUAGGCAAAAGGUGGAGAUGGUGAAGAUGCCAAAUGAGAGCAACCUUCAGGUCACCUUCUCCAAGCGUCGCUCCGGCCUCUUCAAGAAAGCUAGCGAGCUCUGCACCCUCUGUGGUGCCGAGAUUGCCAUCAUUGUCUUCUCACCUGGGAAGAAGGUCUUUUCCUUUGGCCACCCUUGCGUCGAGGCUCUCAUCGAGCGCUUUGUCACACGAAACCCUCCACCCAGUUCUGGUACGCUGCAGCUUAUCGAAGCUCACCGGAAUGCUAAUGUUCGAGAACUUAAUGCUCAACUUACUCAAGUUCUCAACCAACUAGAAAUGGAGCGGAAGCGUGGGGAAGAGUUGAACAAACUACGCAAGGCAAGCCAGGCACAAUGUUGGUGGGAGCUUCCCAUAGAAGAAAUGGAAAUGCAUCAACUAGAACAACUUAAAGCUUCGUUGGAUGAGCUAAAGAAGAAUGUGACUCAACAAGCAGAUCGGAUUUUGAUUCAGACUUCUUCUAAUGCCAAUCCCCCGACGCAGUUGAUCUUCCCGACUCAGAUUCCGACUCAAACAUCAACAACAACAAAUGGCCCCAACCAGCAACCCGGGCUUUUCGUCGUGGAUCCUAAGAACAUCAUCUCCCAUCUUCCCUUCAACUAUGGUUCCUAUGGAUCAAGAGGUUUCUUUUGAACAAUGAAUUGAAGAAGAAACUCAAUUUGAUUAGAACAAAAUCUACGUGUCUUCCAAUUUACACAUUGUUCAAUUAAAUUUUUUUCAUACAGCGUGUGAUCAUUGAUUAUAUCAGAAACAUAUGUCUAUCUAUAUGAUCCAUCAUAACAUAUUAUAUAUUCAACUUCCUUAGCUUCUCCUUUAUAAAUA